AUGGUUGGUCAGGGUAGCUCCAGGCAGCCGUCCUCCGACGCCUCUGACCAUGUCAAAAUGACCAUCGAUGAUUCUGGCAAUCCAAUUGACCAUCUUGAAGCCGCGGCCGGGAAGGAAGGCUAUCUUCUUGACACAUCUCAUGCGCGAAGCGGAGAUCUGAAAACGACUCAGGAUGGGCGUACAAUCCUCAUCCCCCAGCCAUCAGCAUCGCCGUUGGAUCCCCUCAACUGGUCAUGGGCGAGGAAGCAUCUCAUCCUCAUAAUUGUAUCUAUGACUGCAUUCCUUCCUGAUUAUGGAAGUGCAACGGGGGCCGUGACACUGCUUCCACAAUCUGCGAUCUGGAAGAUGACCCCAGAUGAGGUAAACCAUUCUCAAGUAGGAAAUGUCUUCAUGUUAGGCGCAGGAGGUGUAUUUGUCGUGGCUCUUGCGGCGUAUUUCGGCCGGUACCCCGUCUUUUUCUGGUUUGCCAUUAUCGCAACUGCGACAGCUGUUUGGUGUACAGCAGCCCAAACCUUUGAAUCUUUCAUGGAUUCUCAAUGGCUUCUUUUCCACAGUGGCUCAAGGGAUGCUGCAUGCGCCCCUAUCAUUAUCUGCAAACCACCCGUCUUCAUCUCCAUGGUCUAUUAUUUAUUGACGUUCGCCUGGGUUGUUGAGAUUAACACCACCCUCUCUAUUUUCCUUGGUCCCCUGUACAACUUUGGCCCCAAACAGAUUGGCUUUUUCUAUUUCACUCCCGUCACUGCUGCCAUCCUCGGCGAAAUUGCAGGUCACUGGCUGCACGACCUCAUCGCUAGAACGGCCGCACGACGCAACAACGGUCGCCUAGAGCCCGAAUCCAGAUACGUAGCAACCUGGAUCGCAACCCCGUUCAUGUUCGCAGGACUAAUCCUGCUCGGCUUCGCGCUCGAGCGGGAGUAUCAUUACAUGCUAGCUUCGCUGGGAUGGGGUCUGUAUGUAUUCGGAAUUAUGAUCACGACUGUUGCGGUCAACGCAUACGUUCUAGAUAGCUACCCAGAGGCCAGUGGAGAAGUGGCCGCGUGGAUCAAUUUCGGGCGUACGACAGGUGGGUUUGUUGUCAGCUAUUUCAUGGUACGGUGGGCGCAUGAACAAGGCACCAUUCGCCAGUUCGGGACAAUGACGGGAAUUUGCGGCUUUGCGUUUUUGAUGGUUUUGGGAUUACAGAUUUUUGGAAAGAGGAUGAGGCUUUGGGCCGGGCCGGCUAAGUUUAAGACGGUCUAA